AUGUUAAGUGCCCGAGAGAAGUGGAGAUCAAAAAGGGACAAUGUGUGUUUAGCUCCGACAAGAUCGGAGCCGGUCGACUGGAGCUGGAAUCGUCUCGCUGACAAAAAGUUCCAGUUCAUGGAUCACUCGCUCGUCGCUGUCGUCCGAUCCGGGAAAGACAAAGACGCGUCGGAGUUCUUCAAGCUGCUCUCGCUCUGCCACACCGUCAUGGUGGAGCACAAAGACGAUGAGCUGGUGUACCAGGCUGCGUCUCCUGACGAGGGCGCUCUGGUGACAGCCGCCAGGAACUUUGGCUUCGUGUUCCUGUCCCGUACCCAGGACACCAUCACCAUCAGGGAGAUGGAUCAGGAGACGACGUACGAGAUGUUGGCGCUGCUCGACUUUAACUCCGACCGCAAGCGCAUGUCCAUCAUCUUGAAGUUUCCCGAUGGGCGUAUUCGUCUCUACUGUAAAGGAGCGGACACGGUGAUUUAUGAGCGACUCUCCCCGAACACCAGACACAAGGAGAGCAGCCAGACCGCUCUGGAUAUCUUCGCCAACGAGACCUUGCGGACGCUGUGCCUGUGUUACAAAGACAUCAGCGUGGCAGAGUAUGAAGCCUGGUCCAGGAAACACAAAGAAGCCCAGGUUUCCAUGAGCGACCGAGACGCCGCGCUCGACCACGUGUACGAGCAAAUCGAGAGCAACCUCAUGUUGAUUGGGGCGACGGCCAUCGAGGACAAGCUACAGGAAGGAGUUCCUGAGACCAUCGCCUUACUGGCCAAGGCCGACAUCAAGAUCUGGGUCCUGACCGGCGAUAAGAAAGAAACGGCUGAAAACAUCGGAUAUUCUUGUUCACUUCUGACAGACGACAUGCAGAUCCACUACGGAGAAGACGUCAAUGAGAAGCUGACGAUUCGUCAGGCCAACAGGAGGAACCAGCCCACAACUUCCCGUCUCAACAAAAAGAAAACUCCAGAGCCGUUCUUCCCCGAGCCGAGGAAGAACGCUCUGAUCAUCACCGGAGGAUGGCUGAACGAGAUUCUGUACGAGAAGAAGAAGAAACGCCGCCGUCUGCGUCUCCGUCGUCUUGGAAAGCGGUCGGCUCCCAGCAACCCUCAGGACGGACAGCCCAACAACGACUUGGAGAAAGAGAUGAGACAAAUUGACUUUGUGGACAUGGCCUGUGAGUGUGAAGCCGUCAUCUGCUGUCGCGUGACGCCGAAGCAGAAAGCCAACGUGGUGAGUUUGGUGAAGAAGUACAAGAAGGCCGUGACGUUGUCGAUCGGAGACGGAGCCAACGACGUCAACAUGAUCAAGACUGCAGACAUCGGUGUCGGCAUCAGCGGUCAGGAGGGGAUGCAGGCCGUCAUGUCCAGCGACUACGCUUUUGCUCAGUUCCGUUACCUGGAGCGCCUCCUGCUGGUGCACGGGCGCUGGUCCUACAUCCGAAUGUGCAAAUUCCUGCGUUUCUUCUUCUUCAAGAACUUCGCCUUCACCCUGGUUCACUUCUGGUACUCGUUCUUCAGCGGAUACUCGGCUCAGAUCGCCUACGAAGAUUGGUUCAUCACGCUCUACAAUCUGUGCUACAGCAGUUUACCCGUUCUACUCGUCGGACUUCUCGAUCAGGAUGUUAACGACAAACUCAGCCUGAAAUUCCCGAAGCUCUACCUGCCCGGCCAGCAGGGGUCGAUGUUCAACUACAAGAACUUCUUCAUCAGCUUGUUCCACGGCAUCUUCGUCUCGCUCGUCAUCUUCUUCAUCCCGUACGGGGCCUUCCUGCAGACCAUGGGGCAGGACGGAGAAGCCCCCUCUGACUACCAGUCCUUCGCCGUCGUCACCGCCUCGUCGCUGAUUUUCACCGUCAACCUGCAGAUGUCUCUCGAUACCUCGUACUGGACCUUCGUCAACUGUUUCGCAGUUCUGGGCAGCAUCGCCAUUUACUUCGGCAUCACGUUCGACAGCCACAGUGCAGGGAUUCACGUCAUCUUCCCGUCAGUGUUCACCUUCACCGGCGUAGCAUCAAACGCCCUGCGUCAGCCUUACCUGUGGUUAACCAUCAUCCUGACUGUGGGCAUCAGUCUGCUGCCCGUCAUCUGCAUCCAGUUCCUCCAUAAAACCAUCUGGCCGUCUGUCGGAGACAAGGUCCACAGAAACAGGAAGAAGUACGAGAUGGAGAUGUUGGCGGAGGAGAAGAAAAAGCCGCCGGCAUUCCAGCGUGGCCGACGUUCCCGUCGCUCUGCCUACGCCUUCUCUCACUCCCGCGGAUACGCCGACCUCAUCUCUUCGGGGCGAAGCAUUCGGCGGCGACCACCAACCAGGGCCGGACCCCAGGAAAGUAUCAGGGAGUUUCCACAAAGAGAGGCUGAAAACAUCUGAGGAGCGGAAGAGACGGAGCAAAGCGACGGAGGAGGGUUGUAAAUAUUUGGGACCUUCAUUUUAUCUGUGGAGUCAGAAACAACAGCCUGAUCCGAGUGUCAUCUUCAAUUCCUCCCUCAGGAAACUCGAGCACUUUAUGAAGGGAUGAAACAAACGUUGCCGCCUCCUAAGGUUGCUCAACUUUUAGAAACCAAACCGGGAGCUUCUUUACCAAGAAUCUUUAAGUGUGUGACCUCGACUCCACUGCCUCCAGUUCCUCGUCUAUGCACAGACACUCUGUUAAAACGCAACAGAAAAGAAAAGCUCACCGAAGAGACGACCGCCGUUCACGGGGGGUUCAAGUCGUGCAGUUGACUGUGUGACUGACAAUGUUGUUUAACUCAGGAUUUUUAAAAUCAGAGCCUUGUUUUUAGUCCGUUUUUGUCCGUGGAGACGCUGCGAUACUUUUAAACGUUCAGUUUUAGCCCUGAUGUCUGCACAACACUUGAUCUGAUGGUGUUUUAUUAAAAUUAUCAAAAUAUUCCAGUUAAUUUGUUCGUUAGUCUCAACAACGUUAAAGACAACGGGCUAAAGCUCAACAUGUCAAAGUAUCUUCUUUUAAUGUUUUAUUAUAAACAAUGGUGGGACGUUAUUAUACCAGGCUAUGCAGAUGUUAUAAAGUGUCUUAACUUAAAAUUAAAUUGUGAAUAGUGAUGUUUUCUCUUUAGAAGGGUCUUUACAGAUGUGGACUUCAGCCUUAAAAUCUUUAGACGUGCCUCCGUCAAAGCUGCAUCUUCUUCAUGUUUGUGCUCCAAACGCCACGUUUUUGUGUUGUAAACAAACACCAGCACUCGUUUGGCACCCCCACACACCAGUGUCUCCACCUCUUCUCAGUUUGUACAUUUAAGUGCUUCUUACUUCUAAAGGGGGAAGUUGGUUUAUCUUUUUAUAAACAUUGGUUCUUUUGUUUUGUCUCCUCAGAAAUAAACCACACGUUAGUAGGUCUUUGGGAUAACUUUGUGUGUGUGUGUGUCACACUGGUUGUUUACAAUGCACCCGAGAAGUCAUAUGUCAUUUGUGUGUGUGUGUUGUUUUCUUAUCUGCUCAACAGUGCGAAGCCAAACCUGACACACAGCUGUUCUGUUGCUGUAUUUCCCUCAUGCUAGUGUUACUGUACGCAGACGAUGUCUUUUUAUUACUGAAUGAAUGGAGGCAGCGCUCGACGCUGUCGAUUGAACCAGCAGCAGCUCGGUCUCUGUCACGCCACUGUAUUUUAUGUGGUUGUUAAUAAAAGCCGAGGGCACAUUUAGCAAUCUGAAA